UCCGUACGUUUUGACGUACAUGACCUGACGUAUGCGGAAUCGAACUUGUAAACAAAAGCGGACACCACUCUGACGAUAUUUGUUUCCUGAGGCAAAAAAACUCAAAACAAAACAUUCUGAGUCAUAUUUUUUUAGAGCACAGACUGUUGAAGAUGUUUGGCAGUGGUUGAUGCGGGCGCCAGCUCGUUCCUAUAAGAAGACAUAUUUUGGUGUUGUAGGCCCGCAGAAACGACUGCAGCCAACAUGUCUAGGAAGCAAACGGCGAAACCUGUGCGGGGCAACAAGAGGAGUGAAGCGGAACGCAAGAGGGAUGAACGGGCGGCACGCAGGGCCAUCGCCAAGGACCGCAAGAACCGGCCUCAGGACGCCGACGAAGGGGCCGAGUUUGUCAGUUUCUCCAAUCAGCUCCAGGCCCUGGGGCUCAAGCUAAGGGAAGUCCCCGGGGACGGGAACUGCCUGUUCAGAGCUCUUGGUGACCAGUUAGAGGGUCACUCCCGGGGACACCUGCGGCUUCGCCAGGAGACUGUCCAGUAUAUGAUGUCCCAUCGGCAAGACUUUGAACCCUUUGUUGAGGACGACGUUCCUUUUUCACAGCACUUAUCCAACCUCUCUCAGCCCGGUACAUUUGCUGGAAACGAUGCAAUCGUGGCUUUUGCUCGCAGUCAACAGGUGAAAGUGGUCAUCCAUCAGCUAAACACAGCACUGUGGGAGAUAAAUGGCGCGGAGAAGGAGGUAUGCAGAGAGCUGCACAUCGCUUACCGCUAUGGAGAUCAUUACGACAGUGUGAGGCGGACUGGAGAUAACUCUGAGAGUCCUGCUCAGCUCCGCAUAGAGAAUCUUCAGAAUUCACAAUCAGGCCAUCAGCGUGAGUUUGGGGAUGGCCAGAGGGACAGACGGAAAAACCCGUCUUCCGUAGCCUCCGAGGAGGACAACGUGAUCCUGAGCUCCAUCAGGAAUCGAGGAAUCCACGGCGACGAGGAGAACCUGCUCCAGCUGAGUGCGGCGACCAUCAACGCCGAAUGGCUCAUCGGCUCCGUGCGGUGCCAGUCCUGCCCGGGCCAGUCCUGCCCGGGCCAGUCCUGCCCGGGCAGGACUGUCCCGGGACAGUGUGCCACAGGAUCCUGCGGAGCUUCAGCCACAAACUGCAGCGAGCACAAACAGCCAGCAGAGGGCAGCAACGUACAAAAGCCAAAGGUAUCUAACAAGCAGAGGAAAGAACAGCAGCGGCAGGAGAAGAAGAAGCGGCAGGAGGAGAGGCAUCGGCAGAAGUUUCUCCAGGGCAAAGAGAGCCAAGACCAGAACCAGAACCAGCCAGAGGCUGUUACUUUAGUGCCAGCUCUCAACACUCUCAGUAUAUAGACCGGAGCACGGCCAACAUCACCUGCUGCUACUCUAGCUGCCGCCGGCUGGCGCUGUUUUGCACAAUCAACUUUUAUUUUGGUCACGGGAUGACUUUUCCUAAAGAUAACCCUAUUUUUUUUGCCAACGGUGUCUCGGUGCCUGCAGACGUGUGUAUGUGUGUGUGAGAGCUGUAAAACAGUGUGAAAGGGAAUGACCUUCAGUGUUUUUCUCUUUUUUCUUCAAUCCCUGGUUGGGUAUGCAGAAGCUCAGAUCUGGUCUACCUACCGCGUUACCCUUUUUCCUUUUUACGGUGGACAUCUUGCUUCAGCUGGGCUCAGUAGGAUGACGUGAGAUUAAUGAUUGUUGUGCACACUGUGUAAGGAAUGUGGCAAUAAAUGAUAAUCAAUGAUU